UUCUUUAGCAAGAAAAAAAACCAAAGAGUUGCAGAAGGUCGGAUUGCUAGAGAAAAACCAAGACAGAGGUGUUCUACCUCCAAGCAAGCCAAGUGCGCACUUCGAAGCCAGAUUUCAUGAUGGGGCCAAUCAUAUCAACCCCAAUUGAAACUGUUGCAGGUCCUGCUGUGGGUAUGGAGUCCAGGCAGCUAUCUGUGAAACUUUAGUACUUCCAAACUGUGAAAAUAUAUGUAUUCCAUGGAUGCAAGCAGAAAAAGAUGACUGGGUUCCACAGAGACUUGCUCCUGUACCAUGGAUUCGGCAGGAGUCUAGUGAUGAUGCUACCUUCAAGCAAUGGUAUGAUUCUUUGAGGGCAAAGGAUGAUGGACAUUUAUCAUUGGAUGAUCGUAAGUCUGACACAGAUAAUCCUUCAAAGGACAAUGUAAAUAAUCCAAAGAAUGGAUCUAGUAUGCCAUUUCAGCUUGUACCAGGUGCACAUACUAAGGAACAACUGAGGUAUCCUGACAAAAUAUCAUCUCACCCUUCUGCUACAAAAUCUUCGUUUCAUAAUGAAAGUACUAGUCUACUAUUCCCACUAUUAGAUAAAGAUGACUUACAAGAUAAGGAAGUCUCAGAAGUACAGACUGAUAUCUUCUAUUCUCCCCUUGACAACGAAAGAUCACUUUCUUCCAUGGAUGGGAAGUCAAAGAAGGGUUUGAAGCGUGCAAAGAUGUUAGACCUUGGAAAGAAAGUAAGCACCAAGCUUGAAGAGAAAAGGCGUCAUAUUGAAGAGAAAAGUCGCCUUAUAGUUGACAAAAUGAGAGGAGUUGAAAAGAAUGAAGCUACAAUUACCAGGCAUGGCGACAAGCUUCUUUGUGAGGGUGAACACUGAACAGUGUGCAGAAGCGCUGACUUGUCUUAUCUUCAAAGGGUAGCUGGAAACAUUUUACUUGUACCAGGGGAAUUCCUAAGAACACCAUUAUAGAAAUGGAUCUCUUUCAAGAGGGCUUCUAAAGAGUGAGUAAGCCACAGAUGAUAGAUUAGACAAGUUUAGGCAACCAUUCCUUUUUCCAUAUGUGAGGAAUGUAAAUAUGCAUUCCUUUAGUAGGUGGUGCUACUGAGAAGGUGUUUCGCUGUCAUGGAAAGCAAGGUUCACUCAUUUUUUCAGCAAUGACUGCUUGUACAUGUUGAACAUAAUGUCCAGUGUCAAUGGCACUCUUCUCCAAAGGCAAUACUUUUUUUUUUGUACUCCUAAGGAAAAUAUAACUAGCUUAUAACUUUCGAUAUUUAAAGUCUUUAAUUUUCUUAGGGGCGAGCUGAGAUGUAACAAUUUAUGAAUCCAAGUUAUAGCCUUCAAUAUGGGCAGAUUCAUUGUAACCUAUAAUGGGAAAAUCGCCAUUGCUAAAUGUUUA